GCAGCAUAAAAUCCGGGUACACUCUGUGACUCCAACUGACAGCAGCAGAACCCGACACACGCGCACACACACACAGAGACGCACUGUACAAACCGCCGUCAACAGUUUAAUCAUGGAGUGGACCCCGAUGGAGAUCAACCCAGAGAUGCUGAACAAGAUGAUGAGCAAGCUAGGCGUGGGUGAAAGCUGGCGCUUCGUGGAUGUGCUGGGGCUGGAGGGGGAGCAACUCUCCGCCGUCCCAAAACCAUGCUGUGCCUUGAUGCUGCUCUUCCCACUGACACAACAGCAUGAGUCUUUCAGAAAGCAGCAGACAGACAAGGUUACCGGAGGCUCUGAGGUUUAUUUCCUGAAGCAGACAGCGGUCAAUUCCUGUGGCACCAUCGCCCUGGUGCAUGCUGUGGCCAACAACAAAAGCAAACUGACAUUUGAGAGUGACUCUGCCCUGAAGAAGUUUCUAGAUGAGACUGCAAACAUGUCUGCUGAUGACCGUGCCAAACAUCUGGAGAAGAACAAGGCAAUCUAUGAGGCUCACAAUGAGGUUGCAGUGCAGGGCCAGUGUAGGCCCGAAGCCGACAAAGUCAACUUCCACUUUAUUGCCUUUGUCAAUGAAAAUGGAAAACUUUAUGAAUUUGAUGGGAGAAUGGAUGGACCAGUGAAGCACGGAGCUACCAAAGAUGAGUCAUUCGUAAUGGAUGCAUCCAAAGUGUGCCGUGGUUUCAUGGAGAGAGAGCAAGGCGAGGUCCGUUUCUCUGCGGUGGCUCUUUGUCGCAGCUAGAUGUUCGGUAGGACACACAACCAAAUUGUAAACCAAAAUGUCCUGGAAGCAUUCACAUCGCAAACACAAUCAGCAGGCACCCAGAACAACCUGUGAACACACACAUCUGCAGACACUAUGCACUAUGAAGCACAUAUUGUUGCCACACACUGUACUUUCAUCUCAUGAACAAAGCACACAUGUGCACAUAAACACAAACACACUGUCAAAACCCUUUUUUGUUCUGCUGACACUAACUUAUACAAGCUUGUUCAAAACUGUUUUCUGUGAUAUCAUUCAGCAAUGGGAAUUGUAAAACAUGAGGUCAGAGCUCACCACUGCUUAUGUGUAUUUGUCUUUUUUUUUUGCAACUGUUUUUGUAUGUAAUCAUCUAAAACUGAUACUUAAAUACCUUUUGUGCCAAUAACUAGAAUAAAGAAGAGUGAGAAGGAAAAGGCAGCACACUUGUGUGGAGAAACAUUUUGCCUGUUUUUCCGAAUGCCUUCAGUUGCUGUGUGGUUGAGUUUAUAAGGAUCUGACAUUCCUCAGAACAGCCCAAAUGUAUCCGUAGGAAUAAUUUAACCAUUGUUCGAAUGCACGCAACCUUUUGAGUGGUGUUCUUGGGAGACAAUUCUCCCAUUUUCUUUGAGAAGUUUGAAUCUACAGUGCAAAAUGGUAGUGGUGGAUUGCAGUAGUUUGUUUUCAGAACUGAUUUGUGUUUUCACUUUAUUUGAAAAUGGAUUUUCACUUAAUCUACAAAUAGUCAAAUGCACCAAUAGUGUACAAGUUUAACACAGAAAAUACAAAACUUCCAAACACGAUAGGGACCAUUAAAAUAAAGUGCUGCUCUAUGUUGGGUUGUUGUCGUGCAGUGCAGGGGUGAUAGUACUGUAUGUCUAGGCUGUGCACCAAUUGUUUACCUUUCUGCACUUUCCUAAUACUAUGUUGCUGUAGUUCUGUUAGUGAUGCAGCUGUGGGAGUUCAAUAAAGCAACCAUUAGACUUA